GUUCUCUUUACAAGGACGCCCCCAUGUCUGUGUCAUAAUCAUCUUUUGGUCUCUCCUUUAUUUUAUUCCCUUAGCCCUCCUUAUAGCCUGGAAAAAAUGACAGAUCUCGUAGCCGUUUGGGAAGUUGCUUUAAGUGAUGGAGUCCAUAAAAUUGAGUUUGAACAUGGGACCACAUCAGGCAAACGAGUGGUAUAUGUAGAUGGGAAGGAAGAGAUAAGAAAAGAAUGGAUGUUCAAACUAGUGGGCAAAGAAACCUUCUGCGUUGGAGCUGCAAAGACAAAAGCAACCAUAAAUAUAGAUGCUGUCAGUGGAUUUGCAUAUGAAUAUACUCUGGAAAUUAAUGGGAAAAGUCUCAAGAAGUAUAUGGAGAACAGGUCAAAAACCACCAAUACUUGGGUAUUACAUUUGGAUGGUGAGGACUUUAGAGUUGUGUUGGAAAAAGACACUAUGGACGUAUGGUGCAAUGGUAAAAGAAUGGAGACAGCAGGUGAGUUUGUAGAUGACGGGACUGAAACUCACUUCAGUGUUGGGAACCAUGACUGUUACAUAAAGGCUGUCAGUAGUGGGAAGCGGAAAGAAGGGAUUAUCCAUAGUCUCAUUGUGGAUAAUAGAGAAAUUCCAGAGAUUCCUGAAUGACUUCAUGAUAGUGAAUUUUAAUCUUAAGAGGUAAAGAUCAAGACUUUUAAAUUACUGUGGUAAUUAAAUAUGUUCGUUAUGUACUUUUCAGUACACUUAGUCUGCCAGGUGUUUAUUUUUUAGUUACUUGAAACUAAUAUUCCAAGGAUCAAAAAAAAUUAUGUACAAUCAUAAAAAUUGCAAUUCAUUUUGUAAAUAAUAUAAAAUGUUUUAAAGCCAAAUGGAAAAUAAGAUAUGGACCAAAAUCACUCAUGUUUUACAAGAGGAACUUUUUAAUAAACACUAUAAAAUAAAA